UUUUGGAUGAUGAUAUUUUUUCAUUUAAGUUUCAUUUUGACUGCUUUUAUAUUAUAGAUGUGGACAAACCAUAUAUUGCUAUUGUUACAUUUAUGAUGAGUGGGACUAAAUAUUUACAAUCACAAUUUUAACUAAAAUCAUGAAGAUGUGACAUUUUCUGGGAUCUGUACCAAGCAAACAUGUUUUCUGACAUCACUACAAUACUCGAUUACAUGUUGUCACACAUUUCACCUUCAUCUAAAAAAAGCUGCAUUCUUCUGUGAUUUUAAUAUAGGUUAUUAUGAUUUCAGUAACACUUUGAUAAACUGUGCAGCCUUUUGUCUAUUCGCAGUAUUUUUACAGUGUGGUAUCAAUAUUUUUUACUCAAGCAAAUGAUCUGAGCAUUUCCACCAUCAGCAUACCAGAGAGGACCCAGAUUAUGUCACAGCAGAGCCCAUCAGCACCAUGGACAGGGACAAAUGCCCAGACUGGCUGCACAUUCCCUCUCUGUACGUCCACGACCACAGCACAGUGUUAAGUGAGGCGGCACGCUUCAUAUGACCUUCAUAGUGUGGCAGCGGCAUGACAGGAAUCAAGCUUGGCUGUAGAGCAGCUUUAUUAACCCCUCGCGUCCUUCCCCACGCAUCCACAACCGCCUCCAUCCCCCCAGCUCUCGUCUCCUCCCAGCUCUCGCGAUGAAAGGGGGCAGCAGCGGGGUUGGCAACGCUGCGUCACCUGACUCAGAGGAAGGGGGCGGGGCGUGGUGAGGAAUAUCAAUAAAUUAAUAAUUAAAAAGAGGAGGAUGUGUAUCCGCUGAGUUGCGCCGCCAUCCGACUAGCCGGGGUUGAAGCGCGCGUCGCCGGGGCUUGCAGGCUGACAGUGGGCCGCAGCUGAGAGGACGCGUCCAGCAGGGCAGCAGGAGGAGAGAGAGAGAGAAAAAAAAACAGCCGCCGCACUGGAUGGAUGGUGGAGGGAUGAUGGUGAUGAUGCCAGCCUGGGCCUGAUGUUCCCCUGUACGCCCCGCUGAUACACAGGGACCGUCGGAGUGCUGCUGGUGGUGAGGAUUAACCAGGAGGCUGGAGGAAGGAAGACAGGGAGAGGAGGGGGAGGCAGCAGCGAGCAUCAUCCGGGGAGGACCGUUUUGUCAGGGAGGCUGACCGACAAAAUAACUGGGAGCAAUCAAUGGGAAAUUAAGGGAAAAGCUCCGAAUUAAAAUUGGAAUUGGAUUUUUUUUUCAGGUUUAUAGACUCUUAUUAUUAUUUUAUUUUAUUUUAUUUUACUGGAUACCGGUCCUCAGGGGAACAAAGUCAGUUCAUGAUUGUUCUAGAAACACAAUUGAGUGGGAACCAGCCAGCACCAGCAUUGUCCUCCAACUCAACCGCAGUUCAGUAGAGAGUAUCCUGCUGGUUGUACUCCGGUGCUGUGGUGCCUUCGAGGGCAGCUGGGAUUACUGAGGCCGCUCGUUCCCGUCGGUGUGUGUGGCGGGGUGGGGGGGUAGGACCGUAUUGGACGCUUGAUAGCUGAGGUUGAGCUCCACGGAGAGAGAAGAUGUCGGGUCAGACGCUGACGGACCGCAUCGCCGCGGCGCAGUACACCCUGACGGGAUCCGACGUGUCCCGAGCGGUGUGUAAAGCCACCACACAUGAACAGACACCGCCAAAGAAAAAGCACAUGGAAUUCCUGAUCCAGGCGACCCAGGAAACCAAUGUGAACGUCCCCCAGAUGGCCGACACGCUGAUGGAGAGGGCCGGCAACGCCAGCUGGGUGGUGGUUUUCAAAGCCCUGAUCACCACGCACCACCUCAUGGUGCAUGGCAACGAGAGAUUCCUGCAGUUCCUGGCAUCUAGAAACACCUUGUUCAACCUCAGCAACUUCCUGGACAAAACCGGCUCCCACGGCUACGACAUGUCCACGUUCAUCAGACGCUACAGCCGCUAUCUCAACGAGAAGGCUUUCGCCUACAGACAGAUGGCUUUCGACUUCGGCCGAGUCAAGAAAGGAGCCGAGGGAGUGAUGAGGACCAUGACGGUAGAGAAGCUGUUGAAAGGAAUGCCCACCCUGCAGAGCCAGAUUGAUGCGCUGCUGGAUUUUGAUGUGCAUCCCAAGGAUCUGGACAAUCCAGUGAUAAAUGCCUGCUUUCUCCUGCUCUUCAAAGACCUGAUCAAGCUGUACGCCUGCUACAAUGAUGGCAUCAUUAACCUGCUAGAAAAAUUCUUCCAGAUGAAGAGAAGCCAGUGUAAAGACGGGCUGGAGAUCUACAAGAGAUUCCUGACACGAAUGACUCGGGUUUCAGAAUUCUUCAAAAUUGCAGAGCAAGUGGGAAUAGACAAAAAUGACAUACCCGAACUCACUCAGGCCCCAGAAAGUCUUCUGGAGUCCCUGGAGACCCACCUCAACACGCUGGAGGGGAAGAAGCCAGAGGAUAAGUCGCCUACUAAGCAGGAGGCUACCGCCAACAACAGCUCACCGGCUGCUGCUGCUCCACCGGCCAAGCCUGCACCUCCCGCUGCCGCUGGCGGUCCCCCUGCUCGCCCUGGGCCGCCUGCCAAACCUCCUCCCCCCUCGGUCACCCCAACUGCACUGGCCCCCGCCGCCGCUAAAGCUGCCAGCAACGCUCUUGAUGAUGGCUUCUUGUUGGAUCUAGACCCCAUAUCCUCCUCAUCAGCAGGGGGCGCUGCUGCAGCUUCCUCCAUGACUGGAUGGGGAGAUCUCCUGGCUGAGGCAACUCCGGCUGCCACUGAGGAAGCCUCUGAAGCUCUCCUGGCUGAGGGAGACUCUGCUGAAGCUGAUGCUGAUGCUGCGGCCGCUGCUGCCCCUGCAGCUUCUGCGCCCUCAGUCGUUGCCGCUCCCGCCGCCACUGCGGCCGCUGCAGCACCCACCUCACUGCCUGUCUCAGCUCCCACCGCCACCUCAGCCACAGACAUCGACCUUUUCGGAGAUGCGUUUGCACCUUCCCCAGGAGACGGUCCUGCCGCCGUGGCUGCGGGCCCCGCUGCUGAUGCAUUUGGUGGAUCUGACCCCUUUGCUACGACGGAGGGGAGUGGGGACAUUGCUCCUGAGCUGGACCUGUUCGCUAUGAGGCCCACCGACACGGCGCCCACCGCCAUCAUCCCUCCCACCUCUAGUGAGGCGCCGACCAUCGUCGCCCCCAUCGCUGCCCCCGCUGCCCCCACCCCUUCUUCCACCACUACCACUACCACCACAACCACCACCGACACCACCACCACAGAGUCUGCAGCUGCUCCGACUCUAGAUAUCUUUGGUGAUAUGUUUGAUUCUAUGCCUGAGCAAAGCCCUACCACAGAAUCCAAAGCUGCUACCACUCCUAGCGUAGACCUUUUUGGUGCAGACCUUCCUGCUGUUUCACGCGGGCCCUCACCUUUGCCCGAGCUGGCUCCGGUUGGAGACAUCGUGACCGACUCAUUUGCAUCUCCAGCCCCUGCCGCUGAGGCUGCUCCUGUCACUGUUGCUGCUGCAGCUCCCAUCCCAGAGGCCUCCUCUCCACCCAAAGCAGCAGAGCCAGCACCUGUCAUUGACCUGCUGGACUCCUUCGGCGGCGCUGUGGAGGAGACACAGCAGAUCUCUGCUCCUGGAGGGCCUGGAGACGACCUGCUGGGAGGCCUGAUGUCCCCCACCCUGGCUCCCACCGCUGCCCCAGCUCUCGCCCCAGCCUUGGCUCCAGCUCCGGUGCAGGGCGACCUCCUGGAGUCGGGUUUCGAUGCUCUGGGCUCCCUCUCCUCUCCGGCACCGCCUGUACCUGCCGCAGUGGCAGCAGCGCCAAUAGUACCAGCUGCAUUAGAACCUGUAUCCACCACACCGGCGCCCUCUGGUGGCUUUGACGCUUCAAUGUUUGAUGGAUUAGGCGACUUGCUGAUGCCCGCCGUAACGCCCCAGAGCACAGGGGGCAGCACUGCUGGAAGCACAGGAGGAAGCAUGGCGACUCCUGUCGCAGCAGGAGGCAUCGCAGGCGCUCCCCCCGCCACCCCACCUCCGACCAAAACCAUCGGAGGAGACCUGGACUCCUCGCUGGCCAACCUGAUUGGAGACCUUGGGGUAAAGAAAAAGGACCCAAUGAGUGAGAAGAAGCUGACGGGAGGUGCCAACUGGAUGCCACAGGUUGCACCCACAAGCUGGGGUACACCAGGAGCCCCCAUGGCUGGUGCAGCUCCUGGAGCACCUGGAGCACCAGGAGCAGCUCCGCCUGCCAUGGUGCCACCGAUGGCUGCGCAGCCUGGCUUUGGCAUGCCUCCUGCAGGAGGGCCUGGAGCUCCCAUGAUGCAACCCAUGAUGGGGCAGCCUAUGAUGGGACAGCCCUUAAUGAGACCUCCCUUCACUGGGGUGGCUGGAGCUGCACCCGGAGCCGCUGCACCAGGAGCACCGCUUUCUCCAGGACCUGCAAGCCAGAGCCCCAAGAAGCCUAAGGACCCUUUGGCAGAUCUCGACCUCAAGGACUUCUUAUAACGCCCCAGCUGCUUUUUCGUCUGCAGCCGAGCCCUCUCACCUUUUGCCUGGUGUCCGUCAAACAUCUCAGGAUGCCAGCGAUGCUCAGCUACUCAACCUUAUAAGAGCCCUCUUUUCUCCACCCCGCCCAUCAACGCCCCGCCCUACUCCUGUGUGAUGUCGUAGCACAAACUGUGAAAGUGAACCAUAGCGGAUUAUAUAUAUAUAUAUAUAUAUACAUAUGAGAAAAAAAAAUACAAGCGUGUGCUUAUGUAGAUGUACUAAUCUUUUUGUCUAAACAAAAUCACUCAAAACCCUGACAAAAAAAGUCCACAAAAGUAGGUGAGAGAAAGUGAGGGCGUAUGUGUUUAGAUUUCUUUCUAGUGUUGAGUUGAAUGAUGGAUGUGCUUUGGUGUCCUAAGCCCCACCCACAGCCCCGUGUGUGUCCCCGCCUCCUCGUUAAGGGGGAGGAGCUCAUCUUUGUCCCUCUCUGAUCAGAUGGGAGUGGUAAACGAAGCCCCCCAGUAGAUUUUUUCGGAGAAACGUUUUGUGUGUUGUUUACAGAAAGGUCCUCUUUGAUGUACAUAGAUUUCUCUGGCGAGGAUUCCGUCUCUAUUCUGUAUGUCUGUUGAAGAGAAAUAUAAAUGUGAAUCUGACAUGAAAUUGUAAGAAGUCGUGUGAGUAUCCUUCUAUUUCCCGUCAUCUUUUGAAAAGUAUUUGGAAAACCGAUAUGAAUACUGCUAUAUGAUUAAUAUACUGUAUAUUAUAGAACAACUUCUGUGGGUUUCUGAAUCAUACCAGAGCAGGAAGUGACCCUUUCUGUUUAUUUAUUUCUUUUUUUCUUUUUUUAUACUCAUGGCUCAUUCUUAUGUUUCUUUCGUUGUCUUUUUGUCCAAUGUUAUUUAUAUGUUCUGUUUUCUUUUUUCGUAUAAUCCUCCAGACCGGUGUUAAUAUUUGCUGGCAUUGCUAUUAAAGUACAUAUCUUACAACUUAUUUCCAGAGAAAAAAAUGCUUACAGUGAGUGAUCAGUGUCUACCUGCAGUCUCGACACUGCCCGUAUGUUGCCUGUGCUUUCUUUAUAACUAUGACGGUCAGUAUGGUUAUUUUUGUAUUCAGAGUCAUUUAUUCCUUUUGCCAUACCAAACUCUAUGUUCAGACGGAUCAAAUGAAAACAAAAAAAAUCUCGUCACGAUGGUAUGUGAUUGACAUGGAGAUCAAAAUUUCGAGGAAUAGCAGAUCAUCAACGUGGUGAUCCCGCAGAAAAGCUUUCUUUAAUUAAGGGUACGCUGUAGAGUUUUUUUCUGAAAAGUUCUGUUUACAUUCACUGUCUCUCAUCAGACAGGCGCUGUGUGUGCCCUUGAGGUCAACGGAUGUGUCGAAUGCAUUUACCAAAUCGCUUUCAAAGUAGAUUUAUAUUGGAAACUUUGAAACCUAUAUUGUUUACAAGCAAAGCUCAUCACAACAAUGCUUCAUAGUCAAAAACUCCACAGGGUACCUUUACGUUACCGACCUGUUGCACCCAGUGAUGCUGGCUCAAGUGACAGUGUGUGUUUCUGCACCGCUGCUUUUACAAUAUUAUAAUUACUGCAAAUGAAUGACGGUUAACCUGAAGGUGCAGAGACAAAUGCUGACGACAAGUCCACGUUUGAUUGUUGUCUGAACAUAAUUUUUGUGGAAGUUGUUCAUUUGAUUGCUGCUGACCUUGGCACAUUGUCAAUUGAACAAUGCAUAAUGUAAGUGGCCACAUAGGAGGGAUGUGUACAGUGUGGAAGUCCACAAGAGGCCACUGACUGUCCAGCCAUGAUCUCAUUCCCCUGAAGCAUCUUAACAUGAAGCUCCUCUGAUCCCGCAGACUUACAAUGGAAUCCAUAUGUUGAUAUACACCUGGACAGCUGUAUGUACGAGAGGUCCUUGUCCUGUGCUGUAAACCAGACUAAUGUAAAGCUUACUCUGUGUGUUGUCAUGUCAGUGGACUGAAUAAGCAAUUUGGUUGUGAGAAUCUGAUGUGAUUCGGAGAAAACAAUGGGAGAUUAUUAACAUUUUUCAUGAGAAUUGUAUUUUUCUUUAGUUGUAAAUUUACUUUUAUUUUUCGAUGACCCUCCCCAGUGCAUGUAAGCCCUCCGAGGUGCAAUAAAUUCAAUGACGGAUUGAACUGCC